AUGGCGGAGGAUCACGGUUUUCAGGCGCCAGAGGGCCACCGCCUUUGUGCCAACAACUGCGGAUUCUUCGGCAGCUCGGCGACGCUCAAUCUCUGCUCCAAAUGUUACCGUGACCACUGCAUGAAAGAAGAUCAGGCCAAAUCGGCCAAAUCCGCGGUCGAAAACUCUCUGUUCGCCGCCUCGCCUUCCGCGGCCGCCCCGGCAACGGCGGCGUCGUCUCCUGCCGGAUCCGUAGGGGAAUGCCGGUGCGGGACCACGUUCUGCGGGUCGCACCGGUACCCGGAGCAGCACGCGUGCACGUUCGAUUACAAAGGGAUCGGUCGAGAAGCCAUCGCCAAGGCCAACCCCGUGGUGAAGGCCAACAAGUUAGAUAAGAUAUAA